AUGAUGCUUCUGGCCGGCAUAGUGAUUCGUUACAUUUCGCUGCCUGCUCCAAAGACAUUCCGACGGUAUUGCGACUUUUCGCUUGUCACAGUCGAGGUGCGCCCUACAACAAUCAGCAAGAUCAACACCGCACUCCAGAUGGCAUAUUUGGGAGGCCUGAUGCUGAGUCCCCUUAUAGACACGGGUGCGGGCCGUUUGGAGUACCUCGUCGCUGCCACCACUGUGCUGAGCGGGUUGUCCUACAUAUUCAGCAAAAACGCAGUGCGCAUCAUUGCCAGAAAAUAG